CUGGGUUUCGUGAACUACGGUGACUCGCGAUAGUCCCAACUUUGCGCACUGUAUUGUGCACUUUUUGUAAAUUUUGGCACCAGUUUUGUGCCCAAGGGCCGACAGUUGUCGCACAAAUGGUUAUGGCCGACAGAAACGGCGAUUCGGAGAUGAGCACUCGUAAUAAUGGUUCUCACGUCGCUGGAGCCUCCAACGGACACAUGUCGGACGACAGCGCCAGCAGCAGCUCGGAUGAUGAACACGAGCCGGGAAUGCGAGUUGGCGAAGAUUAUCAAGCCCCGAUUCCGGAGAUGGCGAACGCAGGUGAUAUCCCUCCGGGUCAACGAGGUGACGGCAGACCAGAAGCUCUUCUUGUUUGGGCUCCAACAACUGACAUUGGUGAUGAAAAAUUGGAUGAGUACAUCAAGGUAGCCAAGGAAAAAUAUGGAUACAACACUGAGCAAGCACUAGGAAUGCUUUUCUGGCACCGGCAUGACGUUGAUAAAUCCCUAGCUGAUUUACCUAAUUUCACCCCAUUCCCUGAUGAGUGGACCGUUGAAGACAAAGUUCUCUUCGAACAGGCUUUCAGUUUUCAUGGCAAAAGUUUUCAUCGUAUUCGACAGAUGCUACCAGACAAAUCUAUCAGCUGUCUGGUACGAUACUAUUAUUCAUGGAAAAAAACUCGUACAAGGACCAGCUUGAUGGAUAGGCAAGCGAAGAAACUAACUGUCGGACAAAAGGAGAACAGCGGGAGUGAGGAGCCGCCGUCAGAUGAAGAAAAUGUUGUGGACAGUGACUUCGAUCCAGAAGGACACAGGGGAGAUGGUCGUGAUAAACAUACAUGUUCCAAUUGUCAGACAUCUUCAAGUCAGGUUCAUUCAACUCCUAAAGGAUCAUUGUGCAAUGCUUGUUAUAGUUAUUGGAGGAGAACUGGGGUGAUGCGGACCAACAUAGGGCCAAUAAAGAAUGAAACUCCAAGACCAGAUAGACAUAAUCCAUUGAAAAGUAGACGCAAACCACCAAGAGGAAUGUACUUAGAUAAAGAUGAUUUAUUGGCAUUAAAUUCACCUCAGGGAGAUUCAUUUCUUAAACAGUUGGACACAGAGCUUAUUUCGCUUAAAAAGCAGAUGCAAUUAAAUAAACAAAUUUUGAGCAAGCAAAAAGACAAGUGUGAAUUCAACUUGGAAGAGUAUAAGAUAUUGGACAACGGUCAAAGAAUCAAUGCACGAUGGACAAAUGAUGAACUGCUUAUUGCAGUGCAAGCUGUUCGAAAAUAUGGAAGAGAUUCUCAAGCUAUUGCCGAUGUUGUGGGAAACAAGAACACCUCGCAAGUUCGAAGUUUCUUUGUCAACUACCGACGUCGUUUUAACCUGGAUCAAGUCUUGGAAGAGUAUGAAGCUGAAUAUGGUCAUACUAAACAGGAUUACAAAAUUUUUGAUGAAGAGCGUAUAAAUGGUCAGAAUGUGGCCCAUUCGGCGACACCAGUUGUCACUCAAGUACCACCGACAAGUGGGAACUCUACGAAUGCUCCUCCACCUCCUCUCUUGAGGGGACCAUCUACUUCUUCUCCAUCAGCUCCAGCUACUGCACCUCCAACUCAGCCCCAAGUUGUACACAGACCACCACCACCAUUACAACAACCAAGCAGAUUUUUGCAGCCUCCACGUUCUGUGCCCAUCCAACCACCUCCUUUAAUACGUCCAUCAACCGCACCAUCGAUGAUGGCAGGAAUGACGCGUGGUCGCCCACAUAUCAUGGGACCCUUAGGUACACCACCUCAGCUCGUUGGUAGUCAGCGAGAUACACCUCCACACAGUACUCAACAAAUCAAAAGUGAAAUUACAUAUUAGUCAAAACACUUAUUUAUUGAUUUUAUUUUGAGCAAAGCUUGUAUUGCAAUCAAAAAUUGUUAGCAGGGGGUUAUUUGUAAUUUUGUUUGUAAGAAUGAAUAAUUAAAUAAAUGAUCAUUUUUGUUUUUUCUUCCCUACUGUGCUUUUUCCAAUGUUUUUGGUUAGGUAAACAGUAAAGGCGACUCAAUAUUUCUACCUCAUACUUGCUAAAUAAUUUUCAGUGGUAUUACUUUAAUAGCAAGGAUACAUUAUUGGGAAUUUAAUAUCAUGUCAGUUAACAUUUUAAAUUAGUUGUACGUUUGACUGAAACAUUUUUUUAAAAAUAUUUUAAAUAAUUGCAAGUUGGUGGGGGUGGGUGUAUAGUUACAUUCAAUCUUUACAUUUCAGUGAGAUUGCUUAUACAAAAUGACAAAUAGUUGUUCAAUUACAAUUUUGCUUGGACAGUUACCAUGGCAGUCAUUUAAUCAUGUUAUCUUAUUUAGUAUGUUUCCCAAUAAUGUACUCUUCAUUUAAAACCCCAAUGGUGAGCAGCCCUACCAUUAGUUUGGAAGUCGGUCAUUGUUGUGUAAGUUACAGCAAAACUUUCUUUUCAGUAGUGGGACAUAUCAACGUCAGCACGUUUUCUAUUUAUUUGUAACAUUUCAUAGUUUUUAGUUUUCAGUUUGAAUUGUGUAAUAAUUACAGAAACAAAUUAAAGUUAUUUAAAAGAAA